GCUAUCCAUUAACAGCGCUACGGCCGUUCUUUCUUUCCUACGCCGUCGAGUCAUCCAUCUAGCCAUCCAUCCAUCUGCUGUUCAUGUGCUGUGCGCUUGACUCGUUCAUUUCGCAAACUAAGUAUGCAGCAGCGUUGUAGUUGUAAUUGUAGUUGUUGCUGCACCGCUGCCGCUUAGUAUCCGCAGCUAGUUGCCAUACUUCAAAGUGCUGAGUGCGAGCGCGUUCCUUUGUGCGCGCGCGAGCAUGUGUGUGUUUAUCUGCCUAUCGGUGUGUCGACGGCAGCGGCUAUUAUUUACCCCCGCCAAGUGUAGUUGCCGUUGUGAUUGACAAGCCCAGUGUGUGUUUGCCUUCGAAACGCGUACGACGUGUGCUGUGUAGAGAGCGAAAUAAAAUAAGCGUAAUUUCCAAUUCAUUUUUCCCAAACAAAAAUCGCAACAAUAACAAAACGAAAAGUCUACAACGGUAACGCGUAACGCGAUUUUACGGUAAAUAAGGAAUUUUUUAUGAAAAACUACGCGUAAAUUAUUAAAAGUUUAUAUUUACUAAAACAACAAAAAAAAAACAUUCAUGCAACGCGAGGCAUGCAAAAUAUUUCAUAUAAUUACUUUCAACUGACCUAUAGAGCGUAGAAAAUUUAUUACUCUAGCUGUUUCGCGCGCUCAACGAGCAAACAAGCUAAAAAGGAAGAACGCGCACAUUGCACGCCGCUGCAUUGCCGUCGCUAGUGGAGCGCUUAAAAUGCAUUAGCAGGACUUUUGCAACUUGGACAGGAUUGUGUGGCAGCGAGCAUUCGAACGCACAGGCAGACGGGCUGCGAGCCAUUGUUAGCCACUUCGUCAGCCGCAGUCAGUCAGUUAGUCGGCGUGACGUGUAGGUGCGUUCUGGGAAGUGCGCGUGCAUUAUCGAAGUGUUUUCUUCAGCCAUUAUACGAGAGUGCAGCAGCAGGUCGUGCGCUGAGUCAGUCAGGCAAGCCAGCAAGUAAGCAGGCAGACAGACCGCUCAGCCGUAGAACACAAAUCAUUUGCAAGUUGCUGCUGCCACUCUACGCGCGAAUGUAACAAAACAAAACUGAAAUUUAAAAUAGCAAACCAAACAAAAAACAAGUCUUAAAUAUUUGGUUGCUUUAACAAAAUCCAGACGAGAGAGUGGCGCGUAAAGCAACAACAGCAGCAGCAGCAGCAACAUUUUUGACAGCAUUUGAUUAAUUGCAAUUGAAUUAAUCGCGCGCGCGCGCGUAAAUUGUGCAACAAGAACACUUGUGUAAUAUUAAAAGUUAAAAAAAAAAAAUGAUAAUAAUAACAAUAACAACAAGAGCAGCUUAGAGUGAGCUAUUUGCAUUUUACGGUUUUUGUGGCAUUUUUGUUUUGGACUUACAACACCUUUUUAAUUUGGUUACGCAAACUGCAAAUUCAUCCAAUCGUUGCAGCGGAAAGUAAUUUUUGAUUAAUAAAUUUUUUGCCGAACAAUAUUUUUUUCAAGCUGUGAAGCCAAAAGUUUUUGUGCAAAUCCGUAAACUGUGUUGUGCGCACUUUUAGCAACGCUGUGCCAGUUGGUGAAACGCGUCGGGAAUUCACGCGGAACGCGGUAGUCGUCGCAAACGUCGUUAAAGUGUCGAAAAGCGUGAAACUGGUAAACUGACAGUUCGUAGAGGCGAGAAAUAGGUGCAGUGGGUUGCGAAAAAGUUUGAGUUAGCUUUUCGAAAAUUAUAUAAUUUGCAAACGUAUUUUAUACAUAUAUAUAGCAACGGAAGCGUUAUAAUACAGUCAGUAAGUCAAGGAAACGGACAGAGCGGAAAGCGAAAGAACGUCGAUGAAGCUGUGAUAUUUGUGAGCAUAUACACGCUAACAAGAACAACAACAACAACUACAACACUACUACUACUGAAACAAGACGAAGAAGAACAUCUUUUCGAAAGCAACUACGUACAUACAUACUUACUUACUUAAAAAGAAAAGAAAGAGGCGUUCAAAAAUAUUUUACCUACAUACAAAACAAAGCAACUUAACUUUUCCACGGCAACUUUGUAUACGAGCAACAACUGCAUACAACAAGAACAACGACAGUGUUAAAUGUUACCAGGCGGCAGAAAGUAAUAUCUAAACAUUGGAGAACAACAACUAAAACAAGCAGCUAACUAAAAUACCGUUAUGACAACUGCAUACAAGCUAUAAACAAACAAAAGCAGGCAGAAGGCGCUUGCGAAGCGCAAUCAAAUGCCAAGCCGCUAAAAGGAAACCAACCAAUCCCGAAGCAAUCAAGUAUACUAAAACGCAAAAUUAUAUACGAGCACUAAGCGCUAAACAACAAACAAACAAACAAAUAAAUAUAUAAAUUUAUAAAAUAAAAACAAGAAAUUAUUCCACAACUACAUAUACAAGCAUUGUAUACGAUUUUAAAAAAAUUAAAUUAACAAUAAAGUACACUUUAAGAACAAGAAGCAGAAGAAGUAAGGAAUACUUUAUAAAAAUAAAUAACAAUCAGCUGCAAUAUUCACAAAUAAAAAAUACGAAAAGCAUAUUUAAAGCAAAGAAAAACAAAAUAUUUUACUUGCAAUAAUUUUCUUAUUCGUUUCGUCGCGUUUUACCGUCGCGUGUGUCGCUUAACAAAAACAAAAAGAAACAUUAAAAAAACACAAAAUUAUUGCAAACAAAUGUGCCUGUGUUGAUGUAAAUUACAUAUACCUAUCUAUAAAUAAAAAAAGCAAAGUGAACAAACUGUAGAGAAGAAGCCAACAAAAGAUUUGCAAUAAAAUUAAUGCAAGGUUGCAUGCCACAAGCAUACAUGCAACUAGGCAAGUGCACGAAAACUGCAGUGAAGUGUUCCUAAGAAUAUUCAUAGCAAAACAAAGAAACAAACAAACAAAUAUAUAACAUCUAAAAAUACUAUAUAGACAAGGAGCGUAAAGUGGACUUGCGAGCCGGCCACAUAGCCAAAAAGUGACCGCCGCAUCCACCCACCAGCUAAAAGCUCAACAACUCCUCAACCAGAAAACCACAACUCGGCAAACGUUGCACAGCGUGUGCUGCUUGCAAAAGUGGCACAGGUCGGGCUGGACAUCGCUCCCAGAGCAUUAAUGGCUCAACCUAGGUAUGACGAUGGCCUGCAUGGCUAUGGUAUGGACUCGGGUGCUGCAGCAGCUGCCAUGUACGAUCCACAUGUCGGACAUCGGCCGCCCGGAUUACAAGGCCUCCCCACGCAUCAUUCACCGCACAUGACACACGCUGCUGCGGCGGCGGCAACAGUUGGCAUGCAUGGCUACCAUACUGGCGCUGGUGGUCAUGGUACACCUAGUCAUGUAUCACCGGUUGCUAAUCACUUAAUGGGCGCAAUACCCGAAGUACAUAAACGUGAUAAGGAUGCGAUCUAUGAACAUCCGCUAUUCCCGCUCUUGGCGCUAAUAUUUGAAAAAUGUGAGCUGGCCACAUGUACGCCUCGAGAACCUGGCGUGCAAGGUGGUGAUGUCUGUUCGUCAGAAUCAUUCAAUGAAGAUAUCGCAAUGUUCAGCAAACAGAUACGAUCACAGAAACCCUACUACACAGCGGAUCCCGAAGUCGACUCACUGAUGGUGCAAGCAAUACAAGUACUUCGGUUUCACCUUUUAGAGUUAGAAAAAGUGCAUGAAUUGUGCGAUAAUUUCUGUCAUCGAUAUAUCUCAUGUUUAAAGGGUAAAAUGCCAAUAGAUUUAGUGAUUGACGAACGGGACACCACCAAACCACCAGAAAUAGGUUCAGCUAAUGGUGAAGGAAGAAGUAAUGCCGAUUCGACAUCGCACACCGAUGGAGCUAGUACACCAGACGUUCGGCCUCCUAGUUCACAACUGUCAUAUGGUGGCGCCAUGAACGAUGACGCUAGGUCGCCGGGCGCUGGUAGUACACCAGGCCCACUAUCACAACAACCACCUGUUUUAGACACAUCAGACCCUGAUGGUAAGUUCUUAUCAUCACUAAAUCCUUCAGAACUAACAUAUGAUGGACGAUGGUGUCGAAGAGAAUGGUCCUCACCUGCCGAUGCUAGAAAUGCUGAUCCCUCAAGGCGGUUAUACUCCUCAGUCUUCCUCGGCAGUCCUGACAAUUUCGGCACAAGUGCAAGUGGUGACGCCAGCAAUGCCAGUAUAGGCAGCGGCGAAGGCACAGGCGAAGAGGACGACGAUGCGAAUGGUAAAAAGAACCAAAAGAAACGUGGCAUUUUCCCAAAAGUAGCAACAAAUAUCUUAAGAGCGUGGCUGUUUCAGCACUUAACGCAUCCCUACCCCUCCGAGGAUCAGAAAAAACAGUUGGCGCAAGAUACCGGCCUAACGAUACUGCAAGUGAACAAUUGGUUUAUCAACGCGAGACGAAGAAUUGUGCAGCCAAUGAUCGACCAAUCGAAUCGAGCAGUUUACACCCCACAUCCGGGUCCAUCACCGUACGGCCAUGAUGCCAUGGGCUAUAUGAUGGACAGUCAAGCGCAUAUGAUGCAUCGUCCACCUGGUGAUCCGGCUUUCCAUCAAGGCUAUCCCCAUUACCCACCCGCCGAGUAUUAUGGCCAGCAUUUGUAAUUAACCGACGCAGUUGAGAGUCAGGACUAUAGUCAAAGUCAUGGGCAAUCAACUUUUGAGGUGGCGACAGCGACAACAGCAGCAUCAGCAGCAGCAGCAGCGGUGGCAUCGGCAUCGGCAUCGGCAACGACGGCAGCAGCAGCAACAGUGGCAACAACAUAGCAAGAGAACAAUUAGAAUAAAAAGGAGUUAUAAUAAAAAUAAGAAUUAUAAAUAAAUAUAAAAAUAUCACUAAACUAUUAAAAUAACAACCAAAAAGCCAAAAAAAUAUUUUAAAGCUAAAUCAACAUUCAAAUAUCCUAUUUAAGGAAUAAAUCAUUUAAAAACUCACCUCCACUGCUGCAUGAAUGCUGAUACAAAACCACCAAACACAUAAACCACGCAAAUGCACUCAUCUCACCGAACUUCGACUACAACUGCAAUUUCAGCUUAUUCCAACUACAAUAAAUUCAGCUUCCGCAUUUCAAACUAAGCUGUGUUUCAUCGGCAAGCAUCAUCAACAUAAGGAUGGAUGUGUGUGUGUGUAUAUCAACUAUACCAAUACAUGCAUUGAAACUAGUAUCUUCGUGCAUACACUUUCGCUUUACUAUUGCCUAACGCCUCAUAUACAUACGUAAUUGGAUUUUAAGCGUAGCAAAAUUACUAAAAAGAAAAUAAUAUGUAUUCAUGUAAAAAAACUGCGAUAAUUUCUAGAAGCCAAUCAAACCAAGGAGACCUUAACGGAUUUGGCACACUCAAGCAUUUUAGUUUUGAAGAAACGGCUGUAGGUUAUUUUUACAUGAAAGCAAACUGUUCGGAAAGCGCUUAUAUCAUUACGUGAAAUAAUUACAAAACCUAUGGAAACUCACAAAAAAAAAAA